GGUUAUUAUCCUCUCUCUCUCUCUUCUUUCUUGGUAUCCUUCUGUUUUGUUUUCCUCCACAAACCUCUUUCAAUUCAACCAUAGACGACGACGAAGACAGCGCCGAGAAGAUCUCGCCUUCACAACAACGACGAACAGCGGGUACGUACUUGGAGAUCCAAGAAGCUAAGAAAUGUCAGCCCAGUUUGCAUCCGAGCAUGCUUGCUAUGUCAACUGCAACUAUUGCAACACUAUCCUGGUGGUGAAUGUGCCAAGCAGUUGUUCCUACAACGUGGUGACUGUUAAAUGUGGGCAUUGUACAAUGGUGCUGUCCAUGGAUCUCAGUCCCUUCCAUCAGCAGGCACGCACUGUCCCAGACAACCAGGUUGUCCAGAACAGAGGGUUUCAGUAUAACAAUUUUGGGAGCUACGAGCAAGCCUCGUCAAGAAAUCUACGAACGCCUCCCAUGUAUCCAGUGUCAAACAAUCAGCCACAAGUGCCACCAAUACGACCCUCAGAGAAGAGACAGCGUGUUCCAUCAGCAUACAACAGAUUCAUCAAGGAAGAAAUACAAAGGAUAAAGACGAGCAACCCAGAGAUUAGCCACAGGGAAGCAUUCAGUGCUGCAGCAAAGAAUUGGGCUCAUCUCCCUCGGCUCCAUUUCGGCCUCAGCGUCGCUGACGGCGGCGGCGGCAGCAACUAGGGAAGACGAUGAUUACGGAUCGAGCUCUUCGCCUUACACAUAUAUAUAUGCAGUGUGCUAUGUCGUGCUUGGAUUUUGUAAGCCUUAUUAAGUUUUUUGACAACCUGUGUUUUCAGACCUGUUGCGUACUUGCAUGCAUGAAUCCUGCAUUGCGUGCAGUAAUUAACAUGUUUGAUGCUAUAUAUGAUAUAUGCAUGCAUGGUGUACAACAUUACUAAAUAAAUGGAAAAUAUUUGUUCAA